GGAAAAUCUUAAAUAAUUGUGAACCUUUGACUCUUAUAUAUUUGGACAAUUAACUUGCAGUACGUUGAACUUCUAAGUUAUAAUGUACCUUCUAUAAUAUGCAAAUAGUAUUGAUUAUAAAUAGAUUCAACAUUGACAUGCUAAUAGCCCAACUAAAAAAUAUAACACAAAUAGAAAAAGAAGUUAAAGAAAAAAAAAAAACAGAAUGGCUAAGUUCAUCGCGGUCUUCUUUGUAGUCAGUUUUUUAUUUGCUACUCAAUGUUUCAAUGCUGAGGAAUUAGAAAGUCCAGCAGAGGCACCUGCAAUCAACAAGAAUGGAGGAGAAGGCUCAGUUCCUAUUAAAGAAUGUCCGAAAGCAUGUGAUUUUCGAUGUUCAGCAACAUCUCACAAGAGUGCAUGCUUGAUGUAUUGUAACUUAUGCUGCAAGAAAUGUUUGUGUGUACCUUCGAGAACGUAUGGACACAAAGAAGAAUGUCCUUGUUAUAACAACUGGAAGACUCAAGAAGGUGGACCAAAAUGUCCUUAAAAAACGAUAUAAAGAAGAAGAAAAGAAGAUAGAAAAUAUUUGUUUUUCUUUUUUUUUUCUUAUAUAAAGUCUACAAUAAGUUUGUCUUGUAUUCGAUUCUAUAUUUAAAAUAAAAUAUAUUUUAUUAUAAAUUA